AUGGGACUCUUGACGAUUAUCAGGAAAAAUCGGCAGAAGGAGCGAGAGAUGAGGCUGCUGUUCCUAGGCCUCGAUAAUGCAGGAAAGACGACAAUUCUAAAGAAGUUGAACGGUGAGGAUAUCAUGACCGUCAGUCCUACCUUAGGAUUCAAUAUCAAGACCUUUGCCCACGGACGGUACACGUUGAAUCUUUGGGACGUCGGCGGUCAGCGGACUCUGCGUCCGUAUUGGCGCAAUUACUUCGAGCAGACUGAUGCCUUGGUUUGGGUCGUCGAUUCGGGCGACCGCAUGCGCAUGAAGGACUGUAGAGAUGAACUGCACAGUCUACUCCUUGAGGAUCGACUCGCUGGAGCGUCGCUUCUGGUAUUCGCUAACAAGCAGGACAUUCAGGGGUCGAUGAACGACGUCGAGAUUCGCGAUGCACUUGACCUACACUUGAUAACGACGCAUCACUGGAAGAUCCUGUCAUGUAGUGCAGUCACAGGCGAGAAUCUCGUGGCUGGGCUGGAUUGGGUAGUAAACGACGUCGCGAGCAGAUUGUACUACAGCUCUACGUUGACGUCGACGUCAACCGCAGAGCGAUCCCAGCGCGUCUCGCUAUAA